CUCGGGCUGGGGGCCCUGGAGGAGUGGAGCGCCUGGCACCCCAGCCCCAUGGCACCCUAGUUCCCACAGUCCCCUAGCACCCCAGUGGCCAUGGCACCCCGGUUCCCACAGCGCCCCAACCCCUGCAGCACCCCAGUGCCCAUAGCACUCCAGUUCCCACGCCCCCCCCCCGGCACCUGCAGCACCCCAGUGCCCAGAGCACCCCCGUUCCCACAGCCUCUGCAGCACCCUGGUGCCCACAGCACCCCAGUGCCCAUAGCACCCCAGCUCCCACGGCCCCUGCAGCACCCUGGUGCCCAUAGCACCCCGGUUCCCAUGGUCCCCCAGCCGCCCCCAGCACCCCAGUGCCCAUAGCACCCCAGUUCCCAUGGCCCCCCAAUGCCCACAGCACCGUGGUGCCCAUAGCACCCUGGUUCCCAUGGCCCCGCAUUGCCCAUAGCACCCCAGUGCCCAUAGCGUCCUGGUUCCCACAGUCCCCCGGUGCCCACAGCACCCUGGUUCCCACAGCCCCCCAGUCCCCCGGUGCCCACAGCACCCUGGUCCCGGCAGCCCGACAGCGCGGUGCCCGCUCGGGGUGCCAGCGCAGCCCUGCCCUCGCCGCCGAUGCAUGUGGCCGCGCGGGCCCGCGCCGCGGGAUAUUCUUAGCUGGGAGCUGCCUCCCGGCGUUCCUGCCUGUGGGAAGCGCUCCCAGAGGCGCAGGCAGCCGCUGCCGGGCACAGGCGAGGCGGGGACGGGCGGCGGACGAGCCCCGAGCAGGCAUGGCCCACCGGCACGGCGGCGCUGCGCCCAAAACCGGCCGCUCCAAGAAGUCCACGAAGAAGCCGGCGGCUCGGCCCGUGGGGCCCGACGUGGACUCCCUGGGCUUCCAGGCCAUGGACAGCAACGUGCCGGGCCUGUCCCGCGUCAUCCUCCAGAAGCUCAACAUGAAGAGCUACGAUGACUACAAGUCUGCCAUGGAUGGGAGGAAGAAGGGCAGUGAUUUUGGCAUCCGGACUUACUUUGACAUGUUCCAGAAGAUGGAGGACACCUUCAAGUUUUGCGUCGAGUGCAAGAAACUCCCCGAUGCCCUUCCCGACCCCAAAAGUCUCCGGCGAUGCAAGAGGUGCCAGAACGUGUACUACUGCGGUGUGGCAUGCCAGCGCGCCAACUGGCCGCUGCACAAGAAGUUCUGCAAGAAGCUGAAGCUGGUGGCCAUAGACCGGCUGGUGGAGUGGCUCGUCUUCACAGGAGACAUCCCCUUCCCCACGGAGACCUGGACCAAGCCGGUGCAGGACGUGAAGGGCUGGGAGGACUGGUUCGCCAUGCAGGGGCAGCUGGAAGAGAAGCUGGGCGCCAUCCUGGGUGGGCGCUACAUGACCCUGCUGUGGGCCAACGCUGGGAAGCCCAGGCCAGAGGAGGGAGAGCUGUGCGAGUCCGUCAAACGCCUCGUCACGGACUUCCACUCGCGGCCGGUCACCAUUGGCUUGGGGCUGCAGCUCUUCGGCCUCGAGCCCCUCGCCAGGCCCCUCACCGUGCACGUGGUGGGGGCCUCCCACGUCGAGACCCUCAGCACCCGGGUGACGGACUACGACGAGCUGACGCGGAUGUUCCCGGGCCACCAGGGCAUGGAGGUGGUGAUGGUGGGAGCGGAUGUGGUCGACGGGCCCAUCAUGAGGCCGCCGCUGGCGGCGCCGGCACCCGGGGGGAAGGUCUAUCUCAGCAGCUACAAGGGCCUCUAUCACGACUUCUGGGAAGACCACGUGGAGACCCAGCGGGCCGCCCGCCCCGACCUGGUGGUGGGCUUCCACCCGGGUUUCCACGCCUGCCCCGACCUCAUGGAGGGCUGGCUGCCCACGCUGCUGCUGCUGCGCGACUACCGCCUGCCCACCCUCUUCACCGUCUACAACGAGCAGGAGCUGAAGGCCUCGCUGCAGAUCCUGGCGGAGCUGGAGGCACGCGUCGCGGCCCACGCCGCCAACCCCUUCGCCUCGCGGCGCCCCGAGCAGGUCUACUCCAGCCCCAACAAGGCGCCCGUCUACUGCAGCGCCUACUACAUCGCCCUGCUGGGGCCGGCGGCCCCCGGGGCGCCCUGCCUCGGGGGGCUGGAGGAGGACGGCGGCGACUAGCUGGCUCUGAACAGCAACCUGCCUGCACCGUCGCAGCCCCGCCAGGGCCCCCCGCCGGCACCCCCUGCCCCCCAGCCUACACCGCACGCUGCCACUGCCGCCGCGCCGAAUAAACCACCGCCGACCACCGCG